UAGACACUGUCCUGAUAGGUACCUCUAAGGCUGGUAGGACAGGUAGAGACUCUGUGUUGUUAAAAACAGCCCCCACCCAUCCCAUCAUGGGGCUAGGUGGUAAUACUAAUGCUCAUCUUCUAUUGAUGUUCUUUUUAAUGCAGUUAUUGGUUUUUGAGGCUUUCCCCAGUGAACAGCACAUGUAAGAAAAAUGCAUCAUGACUUGGUUCCUUGAAUUAAAUUGCUUUUGCAGCCUCCCAAAGUCAUUUAAAACACAAACCUGGGGGUUCCUCAUUAUCUUCAACAACAAAAUGUGAAAAGGUAAUUCAUUUGUAAAUUUAUUAUUAAAAAAAACCCUAAAACCAAGCCAUUAAAAACCUGGAAGCAAAGUAACCCUUGAUGAUUAAAGGAUGCAGCUAUUUGCAAUUUGCAGCACCAUCUGAAGAACACAUUCCUGGUCGUAAUUAGACUAGAGUACAAUUCUGACUUGUUUAGGAUGACUCUCUUGAUCUCUACAGAGUUGCAGGCCCCUUCCCCUUGAAUCCAUUUGCAAAGAUAGAGUAAAUAAAUAUUCACUGAAUGAUUGUACUGGUAGUGGCCCUAGCUCUGCGCCAGCCAGGUCUAGCCCUUUCGUUCUAGAGCUGGAAUAAAAUUGGAUUAAAAACUAUCAAAGUGUAAGAUUCUAGGUGCAAAAUCUAGGUGCACUUUGUAUACGAGUCCUUCCAAGUUCUGUAACCAAGCAAAAUCUGAUCCACAUUUAGUGAUGGAACUAUAUCCUCAUUUCUGGGCAUCCCCCAGGAACUACGGGAUUUCUCCCCUCCUGGUCCUAACAAAUUUGUUUCUUAAACUGGUCAAACUUGGUUUGCUUGCAGACUGGAAAAAGAGUUGCAAAACAUGGGAGAUUUCUACUCCGUAAGAGUUCUUUUCUUAAUUGCAGGGUUUUUUUAAAAAAAAAAAAUGUCUCAGGUCACAAAAUUACAGUAAAUAUUUUGAAAUGUUCGGGGAAACCCCAGAAAGGAUUAACAAUUAAAAACCACAAAAGAAUGUACUGAACCGUAUUAUCCUUCCUUCCAAACAUCUGACUUUCUUCAUUCAUUUCCCGUAUGCGGCAUUUGGGGAUAUAGUGUAAAGCCUAAUAGAGGGAUCUGAAUUGACAUCCAUUGGGAAAUCUGGGCCGUUUUCCAUGUAUGUUUGAAGAAUAUCAGUUCUACAAACGCCAUCAGACUAUUGACCUGUUUGUUCAAGGGUUAUCUUUCCAAAACGUGUUCUUUGUUGGAUCACAGUGGAUUGGCCACUUCCAACCUAGGGAGGGACUCUCCGGUCUAUAAAAUUGGGCCUCUUGUUCACUCGAGAAUCACAGAACCUCCCCAGACUGAGACUGAGAACAGAACUGCCCGAAAAAGGACACAAAACCCAAGCCAAGGCUAGCCACAGGAAAGGACCAUGAAGCUUCAGUUUAUCUGUUUGAUCUUUCUUCUUCUCAGCAUGACCACUCGAAGCCUUUGUGCCUUCACAAUUCAGACACAAGUCAAGAAAGACCUUGCCAGUUCGGAAAUGCACCAUAUAGAAAAUGGCAUGACGGAGACUUCUGGCAUGCAGGCGUUGCUACGGAGGUCAAAGCGCUUCAACAGUCACUUCCCCAUUUGUACCUAUUGCUGCAACUGCUGUAGUAACAAGAAAUGUGGUUUCUGCUGCCGAACGUAAAGAGAGCGAAGUCUUCAAUGGAUAAUGGUGCAUCGUGGGACAGCUUCCCAUUCCAGCACCACACACACACCAGACUCACCGCACAGCCCCCAAAAGCUGCUCCCCUUUUCCUUCCAAGCCUCCUUAUUUAUUUCUUCAGCAGUGUUUCACUUCGUAUUUUUUUUUUGUAACUUGGCAUUAAAAUGUUUUUACCUCA